AUGACUGAACACCUAGGGUUAAAAUGGGACCCGAAAAACUUAGAAAUAAGGACAAUGUCUGUGGAAAGGACAUUGGAACCUUUGGUUUUGCAAGUAACCACACUGGUCAACACCAAAGGGCCCAGCAAGAAGAAAAAAGGCAAAUCUAAGAGGGCAAAUGCUUUGGUCAGCACUGUCGAAAAAGCCACAGAAAAUUUCAUUGAAAAGGGUGAACUGAUUGCAUAUGAAAAUCCUGAUAUUACCAGGGAAAUGCUGAAUGCUGUAGAAGAAGUUAAGAAAACAGGUACUCAAAUGAGCAUAGCCGCUCGCGAAUUUUCCGAAGACCCUUGCUCAUCCCUGAAACGCGGCAACAUGGUCCGCGCAGCUAGGAACCUGCUAUCAGCCGUAACCAGACUAUUAAUUCUCGCCGACAUGGUCGACGUGCACUUAUUGCUCAAGUCGGUCCACCUCGCCGAAGACAACCUCGAAAAAGUGAAAAACGCUUCGAGCAACACCGAACUAAUCGACAACAUCAAAAACUUCGGCCAAAACGUGAACGACCUAAUGAACCAAGCUGCCAAACGUCAACAGGAACUGAAAGACCCGCAGCUGCGCGACGAUUUAGCCGCCGCAAGGGCGGUGCUCAAAAAACAUUCCACCAUGCUGCUGACAGCUUCGAAGGUGUACGUGCGGCACCCGGAGCUGGCGGCCGCAAAAGCCAACAGGGACUACGUGCUCAAGCAAGUGUGCGAAGCUGUCAACACGAUCAACGACGUUUGCCAAGGACGGCCGCAGCAGCCCACGUCGGGGCCCUACGACGGGCCCGGCGAGCUCGCAGCUGCGCUCGACGACUUCGACGAUCACACUGUUAUGGAGCCGCUGGCCUACAACGAGGUCCACACGAGACCUUCUUUGGAAGAAAGACUGGAAAGUAUUAUCAGCGGGGCCGCCUUGAUGGCGGAUUCCAGCUGCACCAGAGAUGAGAGGCGUGAAAAAAUUGUGGCCGAGUGUAACGCGGUCCGUCAGGCUCUGCAGGAUCUUCUUUCGGAGUACAUGUCUAAUAUGGGAAACAAUGAGAAGAGUGAAGGUUUAGGCAGAGCCAUUGAAAAUAUGGGAAGAAAAACCAGGGAUUUAAGAAGGCAGCUGAGAAAGGCAGUUGUUGAUCAUAUUUCUGACAGCUUUUUAGAGACAAACGCUCCGCUUUUGAUCUUGAUAAAAGCCGCGCAGAACGGCAACGAAAAAGAGGUCGAAGAGUACGCUCUGGUGUUCCAAGAACAUUCCAAUAAGUUGGUAGAGGUGGCAAAUCUGGUUUGCAGCAUGUCGAACAACGAGGACGGCGUGAAGAUGGUGCGCUACGCCGCAGCUCAAAUCGACAAUCUUUGCCCGGAAGUGAUAAACGCGGCGCGCAUCCUGGCGGCGAGGCCGCGCAGCAAAGUCGCUCAAGAGAACAUGGACGCGUUCAAGCAAUCGUGGGAGAACCAGGUGAGGAUCCUCACCGAAGCAGUGGACGACAUAACGACGAUCGACGACUUCUUGGCCGUGUCAGAGAACCACAUCUUGGAGGACGUGAACAAGUGCGUGCUGGCGCUGCAAGAGGGCGACGCGGAGACUUUGGACAGGACCGCCGGCGGCAUCAGAGGGCGCUCGAGUCGCGUCUGCAACGUCGUCACCGCCGAGAUGGACAACUACGAGCCCUGCAUCUACACCAAGCGCGUGCUCGAAGCCGUUAAAGUUCUCAACGAUCAAGUGAUGCCCAAGUUUACGCAGAGAGUUCAAGUGGCCGUGCACGCGCUAAGCUCGAAUCCUUCGAAGGAAGUGGACGAGAACGAUUUCAUCGACGCCUCCAGGUUGGUGUACGACGGGGUGAGGGAAAUUAGGAGGGCCGUUUUGAUGAACAGGGCCGACGAGGAUUUGGAUCCUGAAGAGGUCGAGCUGGAUGAUCCUACUUUGGAGACCAGAAGCAAAUCGAGUGCGCAUACUGGAGAACAUGGCGUGGACGAGUAUCCAGACAUCAGCGGUAUAACCACAGCUCGCGAGGCGAUGGGAAAAAUGCCCGAGGAAGACAAGCAAAAAAUCCUCCAGCAAGUCGAGUUCUUCCGCAGCGAGAAGCGCAAGUUCGACAUGGAGGUGGCCAAAUGGGACGACACCGGCAACGACAUAAUCGUGCUCGCAAAACACAUGUGCAUGAUUAUGAUGGAGAUGACGGAUUUCACGCGCGGCAGAGGUCCGUUGAAAACCACCAUGGACGUUAUCAAUGCCGCCAAGAAAAUUUCCGAGGCCGGCACCAAGUUGGACAAGCUGACACGGCAAAUCGCCGAUCAGUGCCCCGAAUCGUCGACCAAAAAGGAUCUGUUGGCCUAUUUGCAACGCAUCGCCUUGUAUUGCCAUCAAAUGAACAUCACAUCGAAAGUCAAGGCUGAUGUGCAGAAUAUCAGUGGAGAGCUCAUCGUUUCUGGGCUUGACAGUGCCACAUCCCUUAUCCAAGCAGCGAAAAACUUAAUGAACGCUGUGGUACUAACAGUGAAAGCUUCAUACGUGGCUUCAACGAAAUAUCCAAGGCAGGGACCCGUUACUUUACCGAUAGUGUGGAAGAUGAAGGCGCCAGAGAAGAAGCCUUUGGUGAGACCGGAGAAGCCCGAGGAAGUUCGUGCCAAAGUACGCAAAGGUUCGCAGAAAAAAGUACAAAAUCCAAUUCACGCUCUGUCGGAGUUCCAGAGUCCCACCGAGUCAGUUUAG